GCCUUGUCAAGUAAAUAUGGGCGCGUUAAUAGAAAAUUAAUGUUUUCAAGGGUAAAUUAACUUAAAUGCAGAUGACUUAUUACAUUUUUUCACACGUAUCAGCACAUUUAAUUAAUUUAUAAAAAUAAAAUUUAAACAAAUCCCAAAAUUAAAGCAAUAUGGCUAAUUUAAUUGAAAAUUCAAAAAAUCGAUUAUUUCUGUGACAGCGGUGCGGCUCGUGUGACGUGACGUAACCGUUCAUCAAAUUAUCAACGUCUUUUUUCCAGUUUUCUUUAAUUCCAUGUCUGGAUUGCAAGUUCGAAAAAUGGCUAAUACCUGGUCAGAGGACGAAAUUGGCAAAAAAUGGGACAGAUGUUUCACAGACGCAGUCCUUAAAUUAGGAGGUGGAAUUCUCAUAGGUUCUACAAUUUCCCUGCUUUUCUUCAGAAGAAAAUGGCCUGUGAUAGUUGGGGCCGGUUUUGGGUUAGGAAUGGCUUACUCAAAUUGCGAGAAAGACAUCAAUGCGUCGGUGAGUCAAUGUAAGCCAAAAAGUCGAUGCGAGAAAAAGAAGUAAUAAAUUGUGAGAAAAAAAAAAGAGUCUUGAAAAGAUCGUCAAACAACCGACGAUUUCGAAAAGCGAAGCUCUUAAAAUAGUUGAAGAUGUAAGUUAUGUAGAGCCAGAGUUUUGGAACUAAAAUCGAUGCAGUGUAUAUAUUAUAGUACUAAUUAUCAACUUGUACCUUAAGGGGAAUAAAUAAAGGCUCAUUUGUUAUUUUAAAA